GUUCUACUCCGCAGCGGUACGGAAAAGAGUCCGAAUAUAAACACUUAUUAUAGGUGAUUCAGGAUAAAACAAAAAAAGUGAUUAAUUAUGUACUCUCUUAUUAUAUAAUUUGUGUAAAUUUUAAACACAAAAAAGUUACGGACAGCAGCUUUAACAGCAGAUAAAAUUAUAAAAUGGGCGGGGCUUGAUCGUUUCUAAUAUUUCUAAAUUACAUUUUUAAAUAACAAUUUUCCUAUUUCAACGCUUUGAUUUCAGUGUAUAGUUUGUCAUUAUCAAUAUUUCUAUGUAAACCGUUGUUAAUAACGCAUCUGAAGUGACGCCGCUGUCACGUGACACCCGUUACUUUUCUCACCGCUCUUCAGAGUGGACCAAUCACACUCGACUGCGAUUACUAGAUACUUGUUUGUAUUCUUUCACUUCGUUGAGGCUGGCGUGUGAGAUCUCCACUUGUUUAUCAGAUACCACUCCUUAAAAUCCACAGAAGAAGAUAAUAACUUGGCGAUGUCGAUCGAUUCAAGCUCAUUAUGGCGGAAGGAAGCGUUUUGAUGCACGAAGAAAAGCAGCACGAAAACGUGCCCGUGUAUGAAUUCGUCAACGUGAACUCGAGCGAGUUUCACAUCGGCACAUUCAGAGAUUUAUGGCUGGAAGUGUUAAAUCCAGAGGUGUAUUCACACUGCGCCACGGCUCCAGAGGUCGAGGAUGUGGAGUUCAUUGAAGAGAUGGGGAUUGAGCCAAAGACACUGGAGGAGCUCAAGAACAUCUGCGGCGCUGAUUCUCUGAAGAGCGGACAUGAAGACCCAGACAGCUUACCAUCAGAUCCUCAUCUAUCCACACUGAAACUACGCAAGAGAAGACAGGAUUAUAAAGAAACUCUGACCAGAGACACUCUCGACAGACAUGAGGUCUACGCCAAUGAACUGGAGAUGAUAUCUGUGGGAAAGAAGCCGGAGAGCCCCGGAGACCUGGUCCCUGAGGGCGAGAUGGUCCUGAGCUUCAACAUCAUGUACCCGGUGCUGUUCCAGCGCUUCAAGCGAGUGAGGGCCUUCCAGACCGUACACGUGUUGGGCUCCCAGAGGCUGACCGAGCUCAGAGACGCCAUCUGCUGCGUCAGCGACCUGCAGGUGUUCGGAGAGUUCAGCAACACCCCGGACAUGGUGCCUCAGUUCAUCAGCAAGGACCAUUACAAGUCUGCCUUCUUCUUCUUCAACGGAACCUUCUUCAAUGACACACGCUUCCCAGAAUGCCGAGACAUCAGCGAGACCACGCGGGAAUGGGCCCAGUCCAGAGGCUUCCCGCACUUCCAGACUGCUACAAUGGAGGACACGUCUUUCUACGACCUGAAGAUGAAGGUCGGGUUUCCGUAUUACUACACUCACCAGGGCGACUGUGAGCAUGUCGUUAUCCUCACUGACGUCCGGCUGGUCCAUCAGGACGACUGUUUGGACAUGAAGCUGUACCCGCUCAUCACGCACAAGCACAGGGUCGUGACCCGGAAGUGUUCUGUGUGUCAUCUGUACAUCAGCAGGUGGAUCACCUCCAGCGAUGCUCUGGCCCCGACGGACCCCUGCCUGUACUGUGACCAGUGCUUCCGGAUGUUUCACUAUGACGAUGAAGGGAACAAGCUAGGAGAUUUCCUGGCCUAUGCCUAUGUUGAUCCAGGCACAUUUAACUGAUCCCAGAGCCAAUGUAUCUUCAGUAUUCAGACUAUAUGUGGGAUUAUAGACAAUUAUAUUGUUUGUAAAUGUUUUGACUUUUUUUUUCUUCUAAAUAAAAUCUUGUUUCAAAAGUA